AUGAAUUUAAAGUUAAUUUCAGGAGAAGUAUGUGAGAAAGAAUCUUUUGAUGGAAAUUUGGAGGGUGCACCCAAGGCUUGUGGUCUGGAAACUGUUGAAUCGGAUCCAGUGUUGAAAGAUUAUCAGGAUUGUUUCAGUUAUAAGCCUGGCAAGUUAACGUCAGAGGUUCACCAGGAGGUAGACCCUUCAGUUUCCCCAGUUAUCCAUCCCCCUAGAAAAAUCCCAGUAGCUUUAUUAGAUCCUGUUAAGGCAAAAUUGCACGAAAUGGAGGAAGAUGGGAUAAUAGUCCGAGAAGAGCGCCAUACACCAUGGGUAUCAUCCAUGGUGGUGGUAGAUAAACGGAAAGGAGAUACUCCCGAAUGUGGUAAGGUGGUGAAGGGGCUUCAACACCGACAACUGGUUUCGAAGAAAUACUAUGAUAGGAAUGGCCGAGAUCUACCGCCUUUGGAUGUUGGAGAUAAAGUUAGAAUUCGCCCAAACCGUGAUAAUAAAUGGCGCUCUGCAGAAGUUCUACCACGAUCAUAUGUGGUGCGGGAUGAAAGUGGUAGUGUGUACAGAAGGAAUAGAAAACAAAUUAUAUCAGUCCCUAAGGAUGGCGAUCAUAACCUUCAACCUGAAGCAAUGGCUGCACCAGAGUCGGGUCUAGAUCUAAUGCCAGAUCCAAUUCCUAUGGACCCUCCCGAACAGACAACCCGAAGGUCCCAGAGAGGUUGA